AUGUCAUUCGCUUCUUCGACUUCAACCAAAAGGGCUGCUGCUCCCAGUCCUCUCCAUGUCGUCUCUACCAUCGCUCCUUCCAAGGAUCCUCACUCCGACAACACCAAAAACACCGUUAUGCUGACUGUCACUUCCCCUACGCGCAUUGCGUUCUCGCUGAAGAGUGCGCCUUUGCCUUCUCCAACUCACCUCCUGAGCGCUCGCUCCGUCGGCCUAGCUACCACACCUCCUCGGACUGCCCGCUUCGCCCACCAGACCUUCCUCACUCCUCCGUGCUCCCCUCAAACCAAAGCUCAGAAACGCUUGGCCGCUGCUGUCUCUGCCGAAAAGCUCGCGAAGAGGAAGAGCAUUCUUCAAACGGGGGCUGCAGAUGUCCCUCUGGAGAAGGCAAUUGACGAUAUCAUGCUGGGUCCUUCGAGCAGGAGGAGACCCAUCAUGCCACCCAAAUCGUCAACCUUCCCACUUUGUUCGGGAGCCGGACCAGUCUACCAGGGUCGUGCAGAAAGGACUGGUCCUGUACCCGAGAUGCCCUCGCCAUGUGCCAGCUCGCCCUCCAUUCGCGGGUCGUGGUCAUCCACCGCGUCCACUCUAUGGGACGUUCCCUACACUACACCUGUUUCGCCGGCUCGUGUUACCGUUGCAGAGCCCCUGAUGAUUGAAUCAGCACCUAGCCCGAAGCCUGCCUUUGGUGAAGGAGGAGAGAAGUUUGGACCUACCUGGUUCAGGCCAAGCCCGGACGCUUGCAGGAUGGGUGGAUUGAUCGGUUUGGGGAUCAGUGGAGUGCCUGGUUUGCCGGCCAUGCCUGAGCCUGUCAGAGCCAAGAGCCUCUAUGCAUCUCACAAGGGCAGCAUGGCAUCCUUGCAAUCAUUUACUAUGGGCCGUUGA